AUGGACAUCCGGAAUUUCUUCGGUGGCAAGUCGAGUCAAGGCUCCAGCGACGCCGCCGCUAAGCCCGCGGCCAAAAAAGAGGACUCCUCCGUCACAAGAAAGAGACGCAGCAGGAAAGUUGUGGAUGACAGUGACGAAGAAGAAGAUGUAGCGCCAAUCAAAGCACCCGCGACCAAAGCGAAAUCCAACAGUCAACCGAAGCCCAAAGAAACUAAGGAAGAACCUACAACCUCCUCCGAAUAUUUUGCCUCCAGUAAGAAGAAGACGCGACCUACGAAAACGACCGAGCAAGCUCGGCCCGAUACAGCCGAGCUGGUUGCCGAAAAUCCCAACCCCAAGAAGACCGCGGAAGAGCCCGCCAGCAAAGGACGAACUACUACACGGGGAUCAACAAAGCAAGCCAAAAAGGUUCUUGAAGAUGAAAAACUGGGAGCCGAUGACAUCUUUGCAACCGAAUAUGGAAAGGCCGGUGACGGAGACGAUGCUUAUGUGGCUGGAGAUGAUAGCGACGAGGACAGUGACUUCGAAAUGCUUGAGGUGAGACCAGCCGCCGCAGCAUCGAAGAGCACGCAGAAGAAGCAAUCUUCACGCGAUGAUGAGGAUGAUGUGGUCAUGGAAGGUCUCCCCGAGAUUCCUGCCCCGAAGGCUCGACCUGGCCGCAAGCGCAAGUCGGAAGCUCUCAUCGACCAGGAUGAAGAUGGUGACUACCAAGAACCCAAAAAGGAAACAAAGAAGGCAGCCCCGAAGGCCAAGGCUGCGGCAUCGCCAGCUGCAAAGAGGCCAAAGGCUAGCCCCAAAAAGGCUAAAAAGGAGGACAAACCAGAGAGCAAAGAGCUUCAAGAUAUCUUCGACAGCAUUCCUACGAUUGACGCUCCAGAACCUCCUCAGGGAGAACCAAAGAAAUUCAAGUUCGGAGCGCAACAAAGCCGGGACCCUGUAAUGACUGGGACUAAGGAGAUGCCCGUUGGGGAAGAAAACUGCCUUGCUGGGUUGUCGUUUGUUUUCACCGGUGUUUUGGAAUCCCUCGGUCGCGAAGAGGGUGCGCAAUUGGUGAAGAAAUACGGUGGCAAAGUUGUGGGGGCUCCUAGUUCUAAAACGAGCUAUGUGGUCCUCGGAGCUGACGCCGGCCCAAAGAAGCUUGAGACCAUUGCGAAGCACAAGAUCAAGACAAUCAACGAGGACGGUCUGUUUGAGUUGAUUCGACGAUUGCCUGCCAAUGGCGGUGAUGGGAAGGCUGCCGAAAAGUACGCCGAGAAACUGAAAGCCGACGAGGCCAAGGUCCGUGCUAUGGCAGCCGAAAUUGAUGCAGAAGAGAAGAAACGAGAAGAGCAGAAACGAAAGACGGCCAUGGCUCCAGCAUCCAAGACCGCUGCCACCACGUCUCAGACCCCACCAAGCCCACAGCCUGCAUCAUCUGGCGAUCUUUGGACCACAAAGUAUGCCCCAACAUCGAUCAGUAUGAUCUGUGGUAAUAAGGGUGCUGUGGAAAAGAUCCAAACCUGGCUGCGGAACUGGCAUGCUAGCGCCCAAGCCGAUUUCAAAAAGGGUGGUAAAGACGGCUCGGGGAUAUAUCGUGCCGUCAUUAUUCACGGCCCCCCAGGAAUCGGCAAAACUACAGCAGCCCAUCUUGUGGCGAAGCUGGAAGGAUUCGAUGUCGUGGAAACCAACGCCAGUGACACCAGAAGUAAGAAGCUUGUUGAGAGCUCUACCUUGGGUGUGCUAGAUACAACAUCAUUGCAAGGAUAUUUCGCCGGACACGGAAAGCAAGUGGAGAGUGAAAAGAGAAAGCUCGUACUCAUCAUGGAUGAGGUUGAUGGUAUGUCUGCUGGUGAUCGUGGAGGUGUCGGAGCUGUCGCAGCCAUCGUCAAGAAGACCAAGAUUCCAAUCAUUCUUAUCUGCAAUGAGCGAAAGAUUCAGAAGAUGAAACCUUUCGACUUCAUCACCUAUGACGUGCCGUUCAGACGCCCGACUGCUGAGCAAAUUCGGGCAAGACUGUCCACUAUUUGUUUCCGAGAAGGCCUUAAGAUUCCGCCUCCUGUACUUGAUGGCCUCAUUGAAGGAACACAUGCCGAUAUCCGCCAGGUCAUCAACAUGCUUUCCACCGCAAGACUGGACCAAAAGGGACUCAAUUAUGACGAAGGCAAGCAAAUGUCAAAGUCGUGGGAGAAGAAUAUCAUCCUCAAGCCCUGGGAUAUUGUCAGCAAAAUUCUCAGCGCCCAGAUGUUUUCCCCGAGUUCCACUUCUACCCUGAAUGACAAAGUCGAGCUUUAUUUCAACGACCACGAAUUCAGCUACCUGAUGCUUCAGGAGAACUACCUCAAGACCAAACCUGCUCUUGCGGGCAAAUAUCAAGGCAAGGAACAGCGACUGAAGUCGCUUGAAUUGAUGGACAAUGCCGCCUCGAGUAUCAGUGAUGGUGACCUCGUCGACCGCAUGAUCCACGGCACCCAGCAGCAGUGGAGUCUUAUGCCCACCCAUGCCAUUUUCAGCUUUGUGCGGCCAGCUAGCUUCCAGUACGGUAACUUCAAUGAGCGGCCUGCAUUUACUAGCUGGCUGGGCAACAACAGCAAACAAGCAGUAUAUGCCUUGCUCCAGGAGAAGAUGAUCCGCCGAAUGAUGGACGAAGGCAAGGACUGUGUUGACUCGGUCAUUGAUCUCAUGGAUGAAUACUAUCUCACUCGCGAGGACUUCGAUUCCAUGGUUGAACUAGGACUAGGCCCAAUGGACGAGUCUAAGAUCAAACUUGAGACACAGACCAAAGCCACCUUCACACGCCUGUACAACUCGCGUUCGCAUCCCAUGCCUUUCAUGAAGGCCAGCAAUGUCGUGGCACCUAAGCAGGCAAAGAAGGAGAAACCUGAUAUUGAAGAUGCCCUUGAAGGAUCCGAUGAAGAAGAAGUUGUUGAAGAGAUCAAGAAUGAGGACGAGGAAGAACUUGAUCUGAAGAAGGACAAGUAUGUGAGCUUGCCUAAGAAAAAGAAGGCGCCGGCCAAGGGCAAGAAGACGAAGAAGGCCGAUGAUGAUGUUGAUGCCGAUGAGGAAAAGCCGAAGAAGGCUCGUAAGAGUAGGGCCAAGGCUAAGGCUUGA